AUGCAUCUCUUGAAUCUAACGCUCCAGCCACCAACGGGUGUGCAUUUAUCGGUCUAUGGCAAUUUUACUUCACCUCAGGCUCACGAAUUCAUUGUUGUACGAGGUGAUUUGCUUGAAUUAAUACGUCCAGAUGAAGCAGGACGUCUCGAAACGCUUUUCUCGACUCAAGUAUUUGGUGUCAUCCGUUCAUUGCAGUCAUUUCGUCUCACAGGUGGAGAACGAGAUUAUCUUGUGAUUGGUUCGGAUUCUGGCAAGCUAAUUGUCGUGGAAGUAAACACUCUAUUGAGUCAAUUUGAAGCGAAACAGACGGAAACCUAUGGCAAAACAGGCUGUCGACGGAUUACACCAGGACAAUACGUGGCUGUUGAUCCAAAGGGACGUGCGAUAUUAGUAGGUGCGACUGAGAAACAGAAACUCGUCUACGUGAUGAAUCGUGAUGCUUCCAGUCGUCUUACAAUCUCGUCACCUUUGGAAGCACAUCGCUCGAAUACUAUUCAUUUUAGUAUUGUUGGACUUGAUGUUGGGUUUGAAAACCCGAUUUUUGCUUCCUUAGAACUGGAUUAUGCAGAUGCAGAUGCAGAUGCAAGUGGUCAAGCUGCACAGGAAGCAGUAAAGACAUUGGUGUACUAUGAAUUAGAUCUUGGACUAAAUCAUGUCACGAGACGAUGGAGUCAAGAGGUCGUGAGAAGUGCUAAUAUGGUCGUAGCUGUACCAGGAGGUGGAGAUGGACCAGGAGGAGUACUGGUAUUAGGACAGAAUACGGUACAAUAUAUGAAUGAAGGCCAUCCGGAAUUGACAUGUGCAAUUCCACGACGUCAAGGAGAAGCGAGAGAUGUGAUUAUUGUAUCAUCUGCCACACAUAAACAGCGAGAUCUUUUUUUUGUGCUAUUGCAGUCAGAACUUGGCGAUCUGUACAAGAUAUCGCUGGAGUAUUCAGGAAGCGUAGUGGACGAGAUCAAGAUUCAGUUUUUUGAUACGGUUCCUGUAACAACAGCCAUGUGUAUUACAAAGACUGGACUUCUCUUUUGCGCGUCCGAGUUCUCGAACCAUUAUUUAUUUCAGUUUUUGAGUAUCGGAGAAGGUGAUGAUACUGCAAAGUGCUCGAGUUUAGCUAAGGAUCCGACAGAGGUCUCGACAUUUCCAUUGAGAAAGUUGACAAACUUGGCACUGGCUAGUUUCAUGCCAAGUCUAAGUCCUGUAAUGCAGUUGCUGGUGGAUGACUUGGCGAAUGAACAAACGCCGCAGAUGUACGCGUUGUGUGGUAAAGGCAACCGUUCGUCAAUACGUGUGCUACGCCACGGUCUUCCGAUCACGGAAAUGGCCGCUAGUGCCUUGCCGGGUGUGGCCAAGGCAGUCUGGUGCUUGAAGGAGUCGUACGCGGACCAGCACGACAAGUAUAUCGUUGUGAGUUUUGAAGAUGCAACGUUGGUACUGGAGGUGGGCGAGACGGUCGAGGAAGUGUCCCAGUCUGGAUUCAUUCGUGAUCAUGGGUCGUUGUUGGUAGCGUUGCUGGAGGACGACUCGAAGCUACAGAUCCACACUAAUGGAAUCCGUCACGUGCCAAAGUUUCAGCCUAUUACCGAGUGGAAGGCUCCCGGAAAGAAGGUGAUUGAGCACUGUGCAGCCAACUCUCGUCAGGUUGUGAUUUCGCUUGCUGGCGGUGAAAUUGUAUACUUUGAGCUGGGUCAGUCGGGUGAACUUGCCGAGAAAGGCAAGUUGGACUUGGGUUAUGAAGUUUGCAGCUUGGAUUUGGGCGAAGUUCCUGAGGGUCGCCAGCGUUUCCAGUUUAUGGCAGUGGGCAGCUGGGACAAUACUGUCCGCAUUCUUUCACUAGACCCCAAUGAGCUGUUCCGACAAAAGUCGACACUAGCGUUGACAUCACAUCCACACACACUUUGCCUUGCACAGUUGCAGAAUGAAUCGUCAACGCCUAACUCGGAGCACUCAUCUCAAGCGCUUUUCUUGAGCAUCGGCUUGGACAAUGGUGUGCUUCAGCAGUCAUUAAUCGACCCGAUCACUGCUACAUUGACGGAUUCUCGCUCGCGAUUCCUUGGCACAAAUCCCGUGAAGCUCUUUCGAGUGGCAGUCGAAGGAAAACGCUCGAUCCUUGCGCUAUCGAGUCGUGCAUGGAUCUCCUACUUCUAUCAGACGCGGAGACAUCUCACCCCGCUGUCAUGCGAAUUGCUUUCUUAUGCGAGCUCGUUUGACUCCGAGCAGUGUCCUGGUGGCAUUGUUGCGCUAACUAACGACGGAAUGAAAAUCUUGACAGUGGAUCAACUUGGUGACACAUUUAAUCAGCAAAAAUGCAACAUACGCUACACGCCUCGCAAGGCAGUGGUUCACUCCCCAUCGCGAAGACUUGUUGUUAUUGAAAGUGACCACAACGAAUACGGAGCUGCUUACAAAAGGCAACAUGGUUUACAGAUUCCUGACAUUCAAAGUGUGACUGAGCAGGAGGAUGAAGACGAGGAUGAGAUUAGUGAUGCGUUGUUGUUUCCUCGUAGCUCCCUUCCGGCUGAGAAGGACAAGUGGGCUUCGUGCGUGCGAAUAGUUGACCCUGUAUCUUGUCAAACGGUAGUCUGUGAGGAGCUGGACGUAGAUGAGCGUGCCCGAAGUAUUGCUGUGUGUGUAUUCCAUGACCGUGGUGGAGAAGCAUUCAUUAUUAUUGGUACAGUCAAGAACAUGCAGCUGCAUCCGCAGAAGGCGCCGGCAGGUGGCUCUCUGCGUGUGUAUCGUGUCGUCGAAGGUAUGCAGCUGGUGCUUGUCCACACGACUGAGAUUGACGACAUUCCGCACGCAAUGUGCGAGUUUCAAGGACGGCUUCUUGUAUCGGUCGGGCGGGCACUCCGAAUUUAUGAUUUGGGAAAGAAAAAGAUGCUACGCAAGUGCGAGAACCGCAAUUUUCCGUCCAUUUUGGUCGAACUGAAGGCUGCUGGAGAUCGCAUAUAUGCGUCGGACAUGCACGAGUCUUUUCAUUUCGUGAAGUAUAAAAAGGAUGAAAACCAACUUGUGAUUUUCGCCGAUGAUUGUGUGCCGCGCUUCAUUACAAGUAGCGUCUUGCUGGAUUACGAUACGCUAUGCGGAGCGGAUAAGUUUGGCAACAUAUUCGUCUCUCGCCUGCCGUCCGAAGUCUCCGACGAAAUCGACAAUCCCACAGGCAACCGUAUUUUGUGGGAUUCUGGCCUUCUUAAUGGUGCGCCUAACAAACUUGAGCAGGUGGCGCAAUUCCACGUGGGCGACGUGGUAACCAGUAUGGUGCGCUCCAGUUUAGUUCCUGGAGGUACUGAAGCGAUCAUUUAUGCGACGAUUAUGGGUCGAAUCGGCGCUCUGAUUCCGUUUACUUCACGUGAGGACGUGGAUUUCUACACUCAUCUAGAGAUGUACAUGCGCCAGGAAAAGCCACCGCUUUGCGGCCGUGACCACCUGUCCUACCGGUCGUACUACAUUCCGGUGAAAAACGUCACAGAUGGCGAUUUGUGCGAGCAAUUCAGCACGCUCAGUGUUGAAAAACAGGCUAGUGUGGCCGAAGACCUUGAUCGUACACCGGCCGAGGUACUGAAAAAGCUCGAGGAUAUUCGUAACCGUCUCUUGUAG